GGUGGACGCACCGUUUCGUUUUCUUCCUUAGCCGCGUACUUUCCAAGCCCCCGUGGUGUGCUAUUAAGCGAUUGCGUCGCUGCGGAGAAAUCUCGUAAUAAUUCGGUUUUGAAUAGUUAGUUUUGGCUUACUUUGAUGUGCCCAUGACUACUGUAUUAUUAGUGGAUUCAUGAUGACUUUUGUCAAUUGUUUCAUGAUAAUAAUAUUUGUUGUGAAGAAUGUUAUAGCUGAUAAUAGCAAUUACAAUUUCUACUACACACAUAUGGAACCACCAAAACUGGAAUGUGGCUCAGAAGGCAUUCGUCUUCAUAUCAACCCAACUGGCACAUUUGGUGGUCACGUGUAUGUUCGUGGAUUCUUUCCUCAAACAGUUUGCCAUUUAAACUACUGUACUCGUCUAACUAACCGACCAAUUGUCAUGGAUCUACCAUUUCGCGGACCUUGUAAUGUGAGACGCCGCAGAAACGUAGCACCUCCGUCAAUAUCAUAUGAUGUGACUGUAAUUAUACAACAUCAUCCAUUAUUUGUGACUUCAUUUGAUAAAGCAUAUCGAUUGAAUUGCAUUUAUAGACAACAGGAAUCAACUCUUCAACAGCGGAUUAAUGUGUCAGACAUUCCAUCUACCGCACUGCAAAGUAAAAAUGCUCCAAAAUGUCGAUAUGAUGUACUCUCCGGUUCACUAAAUGGUCCAGUUGUUCGAUUUGCUAAUGUUGGAGAUGUAGUUGUUCACAAGUGGACAUGUGAUUCAGAUAGAUUCGGAUUUGUUGUUCAUUCGUGUGUUGUUAGAGAUGAAUCUGGAAAAGAUUUUCAGUUUAUUGAUGAGAGAGGAUGUGUGACAGAUUUUAGUCUAUUUCCUGAAGUAUCAUAUUCCGAUGAUCUCAAAUCUGCAUUCACAGCAGUUCGUGCAUUUCGAUAUGCUGACCAAGUGAUGGUUCAUUUCUCAUGUCAAAUCACCACUUGUCAAAAACAAGAAAAUGGUUGUGAAGGAAUUUCGCCACCAAUAUGUCGACCCAUGGACUUGGGACCUAUCAAAGUUCAUUAUGUGAAGCAUGAGAAGAAUGGAGAAAAGUUUGAUGAAGGUGGAGGUGUGGAAACGUUACCACCAAGAACUGAAAAUACAUCAGAAGGAUCUACAACUACAGUAAGAUCUACUACAACACGAGAAAGAGCACAAGCAUUCUCAACAACAACUCACAAAACCACUACAUCGAGCAGUUUACAACUGAAAACAGUACAAAGAGACGAAGACAACAAUUCCUUUUCUCCUUCGAGCAAAUUCCGAAACGGCUACAACUUUCCAAACGUAGAAUCAGGAGAAGGUGUUGGUCAAGACAACACUGCAGAAUUCGGCGUCAAAAGAAAAUCAUCAGACGCAGGCGUCAAUGAAUACGGUAUAGAAAUCGCGAAAGAUGAGUCACAGGCUAAACAAAACAAGAUUUCACUUGUUGCAGAACCUGAGAAAUUACCGAAACGAGAAGUAUUCCACGUGGAAACAAUAUCCAAAACAAUGGACAGCGAGCUAGAGCCUCUUCCGUAUCCAACGAAAGCUUCUGUAUACCAACAUCGGAGUCCUCGAAGUCAUAAACGAGUAUUGGAAGACGCAAAUAUAACGUUAGAAGUUGAAACGACAAAGAUUAUGAUUUUGGAAAAUGAGCCAAGUGCAGAGAAAUUUAGAUUGGGAGAAGCUCGUGAACAAUCGGGGCCAGAACCAAUGAAAUGUACAACAUCGGAAAACUAUGUCAGCAACACUUUAUUAUUGACGACUUUGGGAGUACUACAGGUUAUCUCAAUAUUGGCGCUUAUAACUCAACGAUUCUAUUACAAAAAAUCGAUUGACAAUCUUAUUUAUGCUGACGAUCGACCUGGGUCAAGGAAAUUUUGAAAAAUUGCUUUAAUUCUAGAUCUUUAGAUAUAUUUGCAUAACAUUGAUACUCAGGUUUUGAUUUUGUGAUAUUGAAUAAAAAUGUUUCAU